UUUUGAGUCCAGUGGGAGCCAACAACCCAAAGAUGUGUGAAAGAGUUCACACUAAAUAUAUUCAUCACAAGCCUAGUUCAACUGAACGAUAUCAGUAUGUUGGCUACAAGUCUGACCAUCACAUCAAAUCAUGGACAGAUGACAGAAAUCAAGAUGCCGGGCCCAUAAUAUCUUUGCCGGAAGGAGGUUUUCCAUCGUCUUACAAAAAUGGUCUACAUGGUGAAAUUCCCCAAAGCUGGACAAAUUUUGACCUCACUGGUUUCGAUAAGUCUUACCACUAUCCUAGCACUAAAAAUGGCGGAUAUAAUAUUGACUAUCCAUUAGACUUUACCGCGACACAUUGUCAGCUUGGAAUCAGGUCAAAUGGCGGGGAAAGGGAAACCCGAUUACCGCAAACUCAUCAAAAUUCACCCAAAGUGCUUGGUUCUAUAAACCACGAAACUCCACAAUCAUGGAGUUCCAACGUUGUAAAAAUUGGAUCAAACUCAACCCCUCUAGAUAAGUGUUAUUACGUCGGUUCUUCUGACGGUCAUCCGUCAAGUCUAAAAUCCCUCCCACAUCACUCUGUAGACUUUGAUUCGGAGCAUUCAACUACAAGUGAUGUUAGUUAUUCUAAAACUGGACAGGUAUUUUCUCAGGAUGGUAUUGAUAAUAAAAACCAAUCUACCAAAAGUGAAAAAUCUUUGAAGUUUCCGUGGAUGAAAAGUACAAAAUCGCAUCAUUACGAAUGGAAAGCUCAGUGGCAACAAGCCAUGGGUAUGACUUCGCCAUUCUUCCCAGAGGUCGAGGAAAAUAAGCGAACAAGAACUGCCUAUGCGAGAUGGCAAUUGCUAGAAUUGGAGAAAGAAUUCCACUUUAGUCGUUAUAUCACAAGGCCCAGACGAAUUGAACUUGCAGCUAUGCUAAGUUUAACUGAAAGACAUAUUAAAAUUUGGUUUCAAAACAGACGAAUGAAGUGGAAGAAAGACAACUCGCUAACACCAAAAAAUGCGAUGAUACUUGGCACGGAAGAAGAUCUAUCAGGAUCCGAGACAAGCAUAGCAGAAAAGAGUUGCUCUAUUCCAAGUGAUAAAGCAUCAAAUGUUCCGGUAACAUUUCCCUUGUCUGACAAUGACGUGAAACUUUCCGUCAGCUUAUCAGAGUCUUUAUCGGACCUAGCAAACUUGACGAAAAUGCAUUCAAAUCACGGACAAGAGUUGCCAGCAUUUCCACCCCCGUAUUCAACACCUUCAUUUUAGAAAUUAUUCUGGGCGUCAAAGCCUUUUCAAGCAUAAAAUUUAAAUGCCUUGAAUAUCGAAAGAAUCGGCGUUAAACAAA